UACGAGUAAGCUGAAACCUACAAAUUAAAUCAUGAUUUACGGCAUGCUGGUGACACUCUCAACGGCAAUCUAUACUACGGUGGCCACCCUUUGGCAGGUUCAACAGACCCUAAUCAACUGGAUGAUGUCGUUUAGUCUUUUCAUUUUGGGUCUGUUCUGCAAGCCGUAUUUGAUAGUUCCCCUGUUGGCAGCUGGGUUCUUCAUGGUGCGCCGGAUCUUGCUGCGGCGGGCAAAGCGGACCCAAGCCUGGAAAUCGCCGGGUAACAACGAGUCUGGGUCGUCCAGGCAUUACUCCAUUAAAACCCCACCAUCACGCGACACGGAGAGCUCCCUGCCCAAUAGCGUCGGUGACACAUCCCAGAAGUAGUCGAGCAACGGAUAAUCACACGAUUCACACGGGCUUAUAAAACAUAUAACAUACGUCUGAAAUACUACAUACACAUUCCAUGAGAACACUCAUACAUGUGCACGGGUGUGGAUGGAUCCUUAGACUAAAGCAAUUAAAAAAUACUGCACUGUACCAUCGUUUCAUCCAAAAGAAUACUAGGACUUGAGCAGAGUGGGGAUGUCUACUUUGCGCAGAGCUUCUCUUGCUUUGAGGAGCAUAGUAUUGUGCGGCUGGCCAGUGAGGCCGGCCAAGUGAUGCAUAUACCUGUCAAUGUUGCCAACGCUCGGACCGGACGGUUCAAGCGGAGGCAAUGG